UGUUCCACUUAAAACAGUGACCAUCUUAACUGUCGACUUUCAGCUGAAUGCGUCCCUCUCUGAAUCCCAUAAUGUCUCACCACAGACUGAUCUAAUGAACACAUCCGGGCAUGUUGGUGUUAUUGAUAUUAAAGGUGAACUCUUUCCGUGUUUGAACAUCUGGUUACUACGGUAACACUGGAGAGAAGUCACCAGUGAACACGGUCACACUUUUCACCUGCACACCGGACGUUUUGGCUGUUUGUCUUUCUUCCGAUGGAGGAUCUGAACCUGGAGUAAACAUGGAGAACACGUAUAAAAUGACGGACAGAGAGACCAAACUGAUGAUCCAGUUCAGAGCCUCCAAUGAAGCCAUCUUCACGGGGAGGAGGCACUCCGCCAUGAGAGGCUGGAGGGCCAUCCGGAGAGAGAUGGGGCUCCAGGGCGUGAUGUCGGCGCGGCAACUGAAGAAGAAGUGGGACAACUUGAAGGAGAGAUACCGGUCCCUGAAGAACCCUCCAGAAGGCUUGGAGAACCAGUUCCAGCCCAACUCUUGGCGCUGGUUCCAGCUGAUGGACCAGGCCAUGACGGGCCGUCUUGCUGGGACCGCCAGCAUCGUGCAGCCGUCCCUGCAGGACGAAUACGAGGAGAAGGCGGCCGCCAUGGGAGUCCCUCUGUCCGGCCUGGACGUCUCUGAGAUGGCUCCUCUGGAGGACGAUGUGGACGCGCUGGAGGACGCCAUGCAGCUGAGCGGCGCUGAAGUCAGUCAGCAGGCGGAGAGAGAGGCGGCGAACAAAGCUCCACAGGUGGUUUUACCUUCAGGAGCCAAAGCCCAGGUGAGGAUCUCUGAGCCGCAGAGUCAGCCUGGGAUCAACACCCAGCCCACGGUGUUCUACGCCACCUUACUGCCGGACUACAUCACAGAGACCAGCAGGACGCAGCCCGCCUCCAGAGACCAGGUCAGGGAGGCCGGGGAGGCGGACAGGAAGCUGGCGGAGCUGCAGGGAGAGAGGCAGGCUCUGGAGCGAGAGCAGGCCGAGUUCGACCGGGAGCUCAUCGCUCUGGAGAAAGACCGGGACCUGCUGAGGAGGGACAUGGACUCGCUCGACAGAGACCGAACCAGUCUGGACAGAGAGCGGGCCGCGAUAGAGAGAGACAGAGCGGCUCUAGAUAGAGACCAAGCCACUCUGGAGAGAGACCGGGUGAUCCUGGAUCGAGACCGGGCGUUCCUGGACAGAGACCGAGCGUUCCUGGAGAGAGACCGCGUGUUCGUGGAGCGAGCGAGGGAGGACUUAGAGCGAGAGAGAGCGCUGUGGAGGAGAGAGAGAGACGGGGACGCCGUGAACGGACAUCCUGCUGAGGUCACAGAGAAAGAGGUGGUGCUGCAGACCCGCUUCUACCAGAGUCUGACCGCUGCAGACCCGGAUCCAGACCAGCUGGAGACCAGACAGAGACUGGUGUCGUUGUUCCAGAGGCUGGUGGAGAAGCUGUGAGGGGGGGCAGGGGGGCAGAUUUCAAGACUUUCAGAGACCAGAUCACAGUAAACACAUCUGGACACGAUGUGGUGGACUGUGGACUCUCCUGGUUCAUGUAGUCGCUCUCUGAGACUCGGUUCAGGUCUUUACUGUGCAGAAAACAAACCCUCAGAGUCUGUCUGUGAUAAAGUCUCAGCAGAGAGAGGAGAGAGAGAGAGCUUCAGAGUCUUUGUCGAGGCUGUUUCCUUAAACUCAAAUAAAGUUCUUACCAAAACUCC